AUCUGCAACCAACGCAUGAAAGUUGACCUUAUUCUACUACAGCUUGGUAUUGUUGCUCGACGCCUUAGCUGCCUUCUCACUUCCGUUUAGCGCUGUCACUUUACAAUGAGUACAUUAUUCAGUUUCGACCAUGACGACCAUCCAUCCCUCCGUUUGAGCACCGCCUCCGAAGGCCAUCCAGACGAACCAGCAAUUUCUAUCUCAGAAGACCAUGACGAACCUCCAUCAGAAGACGUUUUAUCCAAAUCAUACUCGGAACGGUGCCUCAGAGAUGAAUCCGUCUAUGAAGUCGCUCUUGAUGAAGAUUUUGCUGCAUCCAACGCUCAGGAAAUCCUAGGUAGUAGAAAAGUCACUAAAGCCGACUUUGAGCAGCUCAAAGUCAUUGGAAGAGGAGCCUAUGGAAAGGUUCUUCUUGUACGGCAUAAGGCUUCCCGAAGGCUCUAUGCUAUGAAGGUGCUCAAAAAAGCCUCUCUUUUUCUCAAGAUCAAACAUGCAGAACACACCAAGGCUGAACGACAGAUCCUUGAAGACUUGAAGCAUCCUUUCAUUGUCCAACUUUACUAUGCAUUUCAGACGGACGAUCGAUUAUAUUUGAUAUUAGAAUUUGCAAGUGGGGGCGAAUUAUUUACGCACAUGGCAGCAGAACGCAUGUUUUCUGAAGAAGUAGCCUCAUUCUAUCUUGCGGAAUUAAUCCUUGCUCUAGAACACUUACACUCUCUGGGAAUUGUUUAUCGAGAUCUCAAACCGGAAAACUGUUUGCUGGAUAGCGAUGGCCAUGUGGUUCUGACAGAUUUUGGCCUGUCAAAGGUGGCAAUUGAACAAAAGACAAAUACAGUAUGUGGGACAGUCGAAUACAUGGCACCUGAAAUCUUAAUGGAGCAACACUACAGUAAAGGCGUUGACUGGUGGAGCUUGGGAAUCCUGCUGUUUGAGAUGAUUGUCGGACAUACUCCAUUUAAUGCCGGUAAUAGAAAAAAGACCAUGGAUGCCAUUCUGAAAAAGAAAUUGCAGGUCCCUUAUUACGUUUCUUCUGAAGCCAAAGAUCUGUGCAAUAAGUUAUUGCGAAAGAAUCCUGACGUUCGUCUGGGCUCCGGUGAAGAUGAUAUCACUCGCAUCAAAGGUCACCGCUUCUUCCGCAAGAUUGAUUGGAAAGCUAUGGAAGCACGUCAAGGAACGCCUCCCAUUGUUCCCAUUCUGACUGAUCCAGAAUUGGCUGAGAACUUUGAUAGUAAAUUCACCAAGGAAAUGCCUGUGGAGUCCCCAAUUGAUAUCCCUUCUCCCCUGAGUGCAAGCUAUUCAGACUUCUUCCAAGGAUUCAGUUAUGUAGCCAAGCACAACCACCUGGAUGCCUUUUGCAACUAAUAUGGGCUACAAUGUCAGGGUUAUCAGUAGAGGUAAUUCCAAUACGCACUGUGUUCAAGCCCAGGAAACUUUUUAUCACUUGGUUCGGUGAUAAAAAAAGUAAUAUGAUCUAGAAUGUAAAUAAGUCAUUAUUCAAUUUCAAUUAGCAAAUAUGAAACUUCUUGUUUUCGAGUACAUUGCACUAUCAAAAAUAAAUAUUUAUCUCUUUAGUACAAUUGACUUUACGAUAAUAGAUAUUUUUCUUUUUCAGCUCUGUAUUGGUGAAUGUACUCUCGUAUCGGCAAUAUUGAUCUAAGCUUUAGGCUGCGGUGAAGAAUCACCUGAUUAAAAUCACGUGAACUAGUGGCUUGGCAAAUUAUUU